AUGGGUAUAUUCAACGAGGACCAAGCCAUACAUGCUAUGCACCUUUACAGGAUGUGGAUAGCACAAGGCAUGAUUUCAUAUAAGAAUAUUGGAGACAAGGAGAAAACUUUAAUUGACAUUGCUGAGCUGUACUUAAGUGAGUUGGCCUCCAGGUCCAUCGUUCAAGUUGAAUUCCAGUUAGCUUAUGAUGUCGCCAAUAGAACUAGAAAAUAUCAUUCAUGCAGACUUCAUGAUGUAGUACGAGAACUAUGUUUGAAAUUGGGGAAAAUAGAGGAUUUUGGUGUGCAGAGUUUGGAGUAUCAAGGUGGAAAACUUAGUGCCUUACUACGGGAAGCUUCCUCACAUAUGAAAAUCCAACAUUUGGCUAUCCGUUUCAGAAGUGAAGUUGAGCAUGAGCUUACAGUCGCUUUUGGAGAAGAUACUUGCAAACAUAUAAGGUCUCUUCAAAUAUCCAAUCUCAUAAAAUCGAAUAUUAUUGAGUUUCCCCCACAAAGUAUAGUUGAUUUUCAGAAAUUGAAAUUGCUGAGAGAUCUAGUUAUCAAGAGAUUCAGAUUUUCAGGAGGAAAGUUACCGAGAGGAAUUACUGAUCUUGUUCACCUUAGAUGUUUGCGUUUAGAAGAAUGUGAACUUGAUAAGCUACCGUCGUCCAUUUGGAAUUUGGCAUACAUGGAUACCCUUGAUUUAAGAAGUUCAAUGGAUGUUGAAGUUCCAAAUGUUUUUAAGGAGAUGUUGCGAUUAAAGCAUUUGAUUUUUCCUUUCUAUGGAAAUGAAAAGGUUGGAAAAUAUCGAGUAAGAUUGGAUGAGGCAUUUGAUGGAUUGGAUACUCUAUUACACAUUGAUAGUAGAUAUCAUGAAUUUAAAUGUAUGGACAGAAUGAAGAAUCUCCAACGUUUUGCAGCAAGAAUACAUGACAAGGAAAGCUUGUCAGCUAUCAUGAAUGCCAUUACGAAUUGGAAUAAGAUAGUAGUUUGUAGAGUUUAUAUCGAAGGAAGUUGCGACUUAAAAGGUGAGCAAAUGCUAGAGAAGGCUUUGACAUGUCCCAAUCUUCAUGACUUGGGGAUCAGGUCGAAGUUAGGGAAGGCGCUAGCAGAGUGCGGGAGUGACUUGAUGAGCUCGAAACUUAGGUUGUUGGAUCUGUUUGGAUCCGAGAUUGAGGAUGAUCCAAUGGGGAUACUCGGAAAGCUUCCUUGCUUGAUAAGAUUGCGAUUAUAUUGGGAAUCAUUUGUUGGGGAGAAGAUGAGGUGUACAACGAACAGUUUUCUUCGCCUCAAGAGGCUAACAUUAAGAGGUUUACCAAAGUUGAGGGAGUGGAGAGUGGAGUCAGGAGCCAUGCCCCUUCUCUCUAAAGUAAAGAUCGCAGACUGUUCUUGUCUAGAGAUGGUUCCAGAGGGAUUGAGUGGAAUUUCUACCCUUCAGAAACUUGUAAUUAAACGGAUGCCGGAAUUGAGAAAAAGGGUAGCGCCUUCAGGACAUGAUUUCCACAAAAUCUGCCAUGUCUCUUCAGUUAUCAUCGAGGACUAG